GAUGCGCAUCACAUUUUGGUGCGAGAUGUUCUUGCUGAUGGUCAGCAAGUCAGACAGUCCGGGGCUGGGUUUUUCUCUCCUACGUAGAGUCGGGGACUGCCGCUGAAAAAAACACUUUUCAAAUAUGACGAGACAAAGACAGUAAUGGAACACUAAUGUACUGUACAAUGAUUUAAGUCAUUUUGGCGAUCCACCAUGGCGAUAAGGGAGCUCAAAGUUUGUCUUUUAGGGGACACUGGUGUGGGCAAAUCCAGCAUUGUAUGUCGCUUUGUCCAGGAUCACUUUGACCACAACAUCAGCCCCACGAUAGGAGCCUCAUUCCUGACCAAGACCGUGCCGUCCGGGAGCGAGCUGCACAAAUUUCUGAUCUGGGACACGGCGGGACAGGAGCGGUUCCACUCAUUAGCUCCAAUGUACUACAGAGGAUCGGCUGCUGCUGUCAUCGUCUAUGACAUCACCAAACUGGACUCUUUCCAGACAUUGAAGAAGUGGGUGAAAGAGCUGAAGGAACACGGACCCGAGGACAUUGUUGUCGCCAUCGCAGGGAACAAGAAUGACCUCGGAGACAUCAGGGAAGUCCCCAUGAAGGAGGCCAAGGAGUUCGCCGAAUCCAUUGCCGCCAUCUUCAUCGAGACCAGCGCCAGGAAUGCCGUCAAUGUGGAGGAACUCUUCCAGAAGAUCAGCAAACAGAUCCCACCGCUGGACAACCCCGACGUGGAAAGUACGGAGUCGUUCAAACUGACCCGACAGCCUGCUGUGUCCGCCAGGAGGUGCUGCUAGUACAGCAACAAACUGUCAAGGUCACAAGCCACAAUGCAUUCAUUCAUUAUGCUUAGUGUCUCAUGUCUUAAAAGGUAUUAGGGCCACUAUGAAAAGGGGGAAAAAAAGGUUUUAUAUUCUCGAUACAUUUUAUAAUAUUGCGAUCAUAAAAAAAGUUAAAAAUUGACAAGUCAUAAUAUUAAAAGAAAAAGUUAUUUUAUCAUUUUUAUUUUACAGGGAAGAAGUUGUAAUAUUAAGAGAAAGGUAUUGUUCGACAAGAAUAAAGUUCUAACAUUAUGAGGAAAAAAACUAACAUUGUUCUAUGAGAUGAGAUUUUUACGAGAAAAAAACAUUACAUCACAUUCUAAAACUGCAACGCAAGAAAAUCCUGUAUUUAGGGGAGCAAAAAUGCAAUUUUACAAGAUGUAUAAUGUAACCUUACUUGAAUUAAAUGGGAAGACAACUAAAGUUGUAACGUCACAAUUUUAAAAGUUGUAGUACUAUACGAGCAACCAUGCUGUGGAAAAAAAAUAUUCCAGUCAAAUUUAUGAUUUUUACAAGAAAAAGUCUUAAUGUAGGAGGAAAAUAAUUGCAAUUUACCAGACAACAGCAGGAAUAUCCGAGGAAAAGGUGAAAAGGUAUUGCCAAAAAGCAUCAUGUUGGGAAAAAAAAUGAACAACAAAAAAACCUUGCAAUAUUACUAGAAUCAUAUUAUUGCAAUCAAUUCGGGUGUUGUUGUUUUUUUCAAAAUAAGGCUUAUCCACCUGAAACUGUUUGCCAGUUGGCUGUUUGCUAAGUUGCAGGUUGUCUUGUCAGGUUAAAGUUUAACAAGCAUCAAAAGAUUGUACAGAAUUACAAUUUGUGGUCACUUUUGCAAUUCUUUCUCCUUUUCAUUGUUAUUCUAUUCAAACAUGUGGCGUAAUCUCGAAUGAUCACAGAAAAGAACCCCCCGCCCCGCAAAGCAAAUCAGAUGUCGCCCUCUGGUGCUGCAUUGCAGGGCACUUUUCUCCCGUCUGCUCUCAUUACCUUCAAUGCACUGCGGGCUCUUCGGUGGCACAUCAAACAUACAAUUUUAAUGCACCUGCAGUUGUGCAGCAGAAACACACGUAUGCACUUGUGUAAGAGGCAACUGUAAUGCUUACAGUACUCUCCCCUUUACUACAAUUUUUUACAUGCUGAAUGAACUGCAGCGGAACCUCCAUUGUGGAAACAUCAUAUCAAGAAUAAAAGCAUUCACCUUUUCACAAAGAGCGAACAGUUGCUGAUUGCUUUUUAAAAAAAAAUUUAAUCCCAUCGCGUUAGGUUCCCUUUUGGUUUUUUGGUGAUAAUUUUCACACACGCUAGUUUUGUGAAGAAAAAGUUUCAAAUCAUUUGGGCAUGAAGUAAUUUUAUGAUGGAAAAAGGUUUAAUGACCAAAAAGUGUCAAUUUGGCAUGAAGAAAGCUGUAAUUUUAUGUGGAAAUGUCAUAAUUUCGUGUCAAUAUAAUAUGAAACUACAAGAAAAAAGAUGUAAUGUUAAUCCGAUAAUUUCCUAAUCUUUAGAGAAAGAAUUUGCAAUUGUAUGUAUUUUUAUGUUUUAUUUUUAUGGCACAAAAAUUUUGAAUUUUAUGAUUUUUUUUUACUUUACAUGGAAGAAGACAUAAUUUUGUGUGAGUUAAGUUAGUUAUUCUUGCCAAAGUUAGAAAUUGACAAUGAUAAUAUCUUAAUAUUUUUAAAAAGUAACAAUUUUACUCUGAUUAAUUUGUCAUAUUCCAAAAAACAGUUGCCUUGUUCGGAGAAUUCUUGUUUACUUUCUCAAGGAAAAAAAUGUCACCUAACAACAAUGAGGGUGUAAUUUUACAAGAAUUUAAAUCGCAAUUUUCCGGGUGUUGUUUGCUGUCGGCUGUGUUUCUUUAUAUCAUGCCCAUGAUAACCAUAGAACAGAAAAUGGAACUUAAUUCGAUGUCAUCGCUGCUCAGUAUUAUAUGGCGUUUGUGUGAAGAAACUCACCUCACCCGCACAAACAGUAAUCAGCUUUAAGCGUCUUACCUGUCAUAAAAGUGUAAAAGGAAGUUAAUAGCUGUUUAAUCAAAUGAAAAUUAAAUAAAAACAAGCGUUCGUUAGCUAAGCUCAUCAUUUGAAUGUUCACUGAGGUGAAGUGUGGUCCCACUUUGGAGGUUCUGCUAUUUUAAUGUUCUGUGGUUUCACUACAGGGAGGACAACAUGUGUUUUCCAUGUAUUAUUUUAUAUUUUUACCCAAAAAGGGUUACUUUUUACUUUUAAAAAAACUCUUAAGCAUGUAAGAAAGUGUUUACAUACAAUGGACUAACAAACAAACCUUUUUGAAGGGGAAGUGAAGUAACUAGUGCCAUCUGUUUUAUUGUGUCAUCACAAAUCCAAAAUAGGUAUUCUUAUUAAUAUUGUGUUUGUGGAAUAUGAAUUAAGCAUUAAAAUCCACCAAGGGGUGGCCAUUUUGCCUUGUACUGCUAUACUUGCUGUUGACUGAAAAUGACAUCACAGUGCCUAAGCCCGAGGCACUGUGAUGUCAUUUUCAAUCACCAGCAAGUGGCAAAAUGGCCACCCUUGAAAUUGAUUUUUAUGCUUAAAACAUAUUCCACAAAGGCAAUAUUAAUCAGAAUUCUACUUUUCGACAAGUGGGCCCACAUUGAACACAAUAUGGUCAAGAAGAUUUUUUUUUUUACACGAGUCCACUCUUUAAAGCGUGUUUUUUAAGUAAGUUUUCCUUCGCAUCAAUACUUUAUCUCAUCCAUGCUGGACUCAUUGUUUAUAUACCAUGAAGGGAUCAUGUGAAACAUACUGGAUGUCAAAUUUGUUGAUGUUCCUAAAAGUGCCUUUUCUGUAUGAAUCAUCUGAUUUCUCAAAGAACGUAGAGCUUUCUUGUAUCCCUCUUACUUGUUUAUGCAUCUAAUCAGUGUACUGUAAUAAAAUGGUAAUUAUACAAUGUUA